UCACGUUAGAUAAGCCGUCGUCUAUCCGCGUUGGGGAGGGAUGACUUGGUAGGCGGUGGAUCCCACGCUGACAUGGUGCCGGUGAGAUUUUAAGCCCUGCUCAGAGGUUUAUAAACUAAUACUCCGUAUAAUAGGGCGUAAUGAGUAUGUUUACAAAUUUUAGACCCACCCAACCCAGAUUCAUCCAUUUCCCAAAAGAGACUUGCAGACUUUAGACCGAGAAACAAGGCGCGGAGAUCACCCCGCCCGAAAGCCAAACGGAAUUUGUCGUCGCAUUUUCUUUUCUUCUCUCGUCCUAGGGUUAGAUUUGCCGAUAUCUUCAGGGAAAUACAGGACCAGUAUACUAAAAAAGCUAGAUCAUCCGAGCAAUAGCAAAAAUCAAAGACCUGGUUGAAUAUUAAUCAAAAAGUUCGGAUCUUGCUGCUUCCAUUCAAUUUCUUUGUUGUUUUCUGCGCAUUUCAGUGAAUCAUAUCGUUGAUAUAGGAACAGAGGAUCGUUGGUUUUUUAUAGUUUGAGCUCAGAGUCCUUCUAGACCUGUCUAGAAGGGAUCGGAUCUGCUUCCAGUUGAAGUCAUCGGUCGUCUGAUGAGAGAGGGCCUUGUAUGUUUGGGAAAUCGUCUGGGAGAACGAUGAAAUGGGCCACAUUGCUUAAAGACUUUAAGGAAAAGGUCGGCAUCUCCCAGCCUCCUUCCACUGUCUCAUCGCCUUCCUAUGCUGCUACUUCCUCCUUUCCCGACAGCUAUGCUACUUCUUCCAGCGACCAACUCGACUUUGCCUCAUCUCCUUCGAGAGACAAACAUGAAUUGGAACUGGACUUCAAGAGAUAUUGGGAGGAGUUUCGCUCCUCAAGUUUGGAAAAGGAGAAAGAAAAGGCCCUGAAUUUGACCAUCGAUGUUUUCUGUAGACUAGUAAGGCAACACGCAAAUGUAGCUCAAAUAGUUACCAUGUUAGUUGAAACACACAUAUUUUCUUUUGUUAUUGGAAGAGCAUUUGUAACGGAUAUUGAAAAGUUGAAACUUAGCAGCAAAACAAGGUCUUUGGAAGUAGAGAAAGUCUUGCAAUUUUUCUCAGAAAUCACUAAGGAUGGGAUCCGCCCUGGUGCAAAUUUAUUAUAUGCAGUCGAGGUCCUUGUUUCUGGGCCUAUUGAUAAACAAUCUCUUCUUGAUUCUGGCAUCUUGUGCUGUCUCAUUCAUACGCUCAAUUCUCUUCUUGGUCCUGAUGAGAGUUGCCAAAAACAAUCUGUGGGCCAUAUUACAGAGCAAGUUCUGGCAGAGAAAAGUCCUGAUGACGAGGCUGCAUCACGUCGUCGGCUUGAGGUAGAGGGUAGUGUUGUACAUAUAAUGAAGGCACUGUCAAGCCAUCCUUCAGCUGCACAAAGUUUGAUAGAGGACAACUCUCUUCAAUUACUCUUUCAAACGGUUGCUAUGGGCUCUUUAAUUGCCUUUUCUCAGUACAAAGAAGGCCUUGUGCGAUUGCACACUAUUCAGCUCCACAGACAUGCAAUGCAGAUACUUGGUCUUCUCUUGGCCAACGACAAUGGCAGCACUGCCAAGUACAUUCGCAAGCAUCAUCUGAUAAAAGUACUGCUAAUGGCUGUGAAGGAUUUUAAUCCUGAGUGUGGAGAUUCAGCCUACACAAUGGGCAUAGUUGACUUACUUCUUGAAUGUGUUGGAUUGUCAUAUAAACCAGAUGCCAGUGGUAUUAGGCUUAGGGAGGAUAUACACAAUGCGCAUGGUUAUCAAUUCUUAGUUCAGUUUGCUUUAGUACUUUGCAAGGAUCAAAGUGGGCAGACUUCCUUUUUAGAAUCUCCUCCAUGUCAAGAACCUGCUUCAGAUGAUGAUCAUGGAGCUACUGCUGCUCACAGCAAUGCAAUGAUGCAAAAGGGAGCAGAAACUUCACCAGAGAAUCUAUCCCCUGUACUAUCUAGGCUACUUGAUGCUCUUGUUUCUCUUUCUCAAACUGGUCCGACUUUAAAAACUUCAAAAGGUGCUUAUGCUAAGCCUAGUGGGCAUGGCAGAAGUCGAACUUCAUCAUCUGACCGAAUAACUGAUGAAAUUUGGGAGAAGGAAAAUGACAAAGUUAAGGACCUUGAAGCUGUCCAAAUGUUGCAGGAUAUCUUUCUGAAAGCUGAUAGCAGAGAACUUCAAGCUGAAGUACUUAACAGGAUGUUUAGAAUAUUUUCGAGCCAUAUUGAAAAUUACAAGUUGUGUCAGCAGUUGCGGACUGUGCCCCUACUUAUCCUCAACAUGGAUGGAUUUCCUCCAACUUUUCAAGAGAUAAUUUUGAAAAUUCUUGAAUAUGCAGUGACUGUGGUGAAUUGCAUACCUGAACAGGAGUUGCUUUCACUUUGUUGUCUGCUGCAACAACCAAUAACAUCUGACUUGAAGCACACUAUUUUAUCUUUCUUUGUAAAACUUCUAUCAUUUGAUCAACAGUACAAGAAAGUACUGAGAGAGGUUGGUGUUUUGGAGGUUCUUCUAGAUGAUCUUAAGCAUCACAAAUUACUUUCUGGUCCCCAGCAGUACGAUGGUGAGCCUAAUCAGAUGGAAAAGAAAUUAAACCCAAGUGGCUUCAAGAAACAUCUUGACAGCAAGGAUGUAAUCCUAUCUUCCCCAAAGUUGUUGGAAUCGGGUUCGGGAAAAUUCCCUAUUUUUGAAGUAGAAAUCACAAUAACAAUUGCAUGGGACUGUAUGGUCUCCUUACUAAAGAAAGCAGAAGCAAAUCAGGCUACAUUUCGAUCAUCUAAUGGUGUGACCACUGUACUUCCUUUCUUGGUAUUUGAUAUCCAUCGCCCAGGUGUUCUUCGAGCUUUGUCAUGCUUAAUUAUUGAAGAUGGUUCACAGUCUCAUCCGGAGGAGUUGGGUGCAAUGGUUGACAUUUUAAAAAGUGGAAUUGUUACAAAUGCAUUGGGAUCUCAAUAUAGAAUUCAAGAUGAUGCUAAAUGUGACAUAUUUGGAGCUUUGUGGCGCAUUCUAGGGGUUAAUAGUUCAGCUCAGAGGGUCUUUGGUGAAGCAACUGGUUUUUCUCUACUAUUGACCACCCUCCAUAGUUUCCAAACUGGUGGAGAACUAGAAAACAAGUCUUCUUCAACCAGCUACAUCAAGGUGUUUACAUAUUUACUACGUGUAAUGACAGCAGCUGUUAGUGACAAUGCUGUUAACAGGGCAAAGUUGCAUGCUAUUGUAUCUUCUCAUACUUUUUAUGAUCUUCUCUUGGAGUCUGGUCUAAUUUGUGUCAGUUGUGAAAGGCAAGUUAUACAGCUGUUAUUGGAACUUGCUCUUGAAUUAGUGCUUCCACCAUUUCUGAUAUCCGAAGAUGGCACGUUGCCGUGCGCGGAUGAAAAUGAAUCGGCUUCUUUUCUUGUUUCAUCUUCUGGCUCUUUUGUUCCUGAUAAUGAACGGGUUUAUAAUGCUGGUGCUGUUAGAGUGAUUUUACGCAAUCUAUUGAUGUUUACUCCAAAGUUGCAAUUAGAUGUAUUAAGCAUCCUUGAUAAGCUUGCUCGUGCAAGUGCCUUCAACCAAGAAAACCUAACAUCUGUAGGAUGUGUGGAACUUCUUCUUGAGAUGAUAUAUCCCUUCCUAUCGGGCUCAUCACCGCUACUAUCAUGUGCUCUGAAAAUCAUAGAAGUCCUUGGGGCAUAUAGGUUAUCAACAUCUGAACUUCGAGUUCUUGUUAGAUAUAUUCUACAGAUGAGACUUGCUACUUCCGGCCACUUUCUCAUAGAUAUGAUGGAACAAUUGAUUCUCAAGGAGGAUGUUGCUUCAGAUGAUGUUUCUCUGGCACCAUUUAUAGAGAUGGACAUGAGGAAGGCAGGGCAUGCUUCAAUUCAAGUUCCACUGGGUGAAAGAUCUUGGCCACCUGCUGCUGGAUACUCAUUUGUAUGUUGGCUUCAGUUCCGAAACUUUUACAAAACACAGACAAGGGAAGCCGAAACAUCUCGAACUGGAUAUUAUAAAAAGCAGACUGUAGCCAGUGGACAAAAUCGCGGACCACAUGUUUUGCGGAUAUUUUCUGUUGGAGAUGUAGAGAGUUCUAAUGCUUUCUAUGCAGAAAUCCGUCUUCAAGAAGAUGGUGUUCUUACUCUUGCCACUAGUAACUCUUCAUCGUUAUCAUUUUCGGGGUCAGAAAUGGAGGAAGGUAGGUGGCAUCACCUAGCUAUUGUGCAUAGCAAACCUAAUGCUUUGGCCGGCCUCUUCCAGUCUAGCAUUGCUUAUGUAUACCUUAACGGGAAACUAAGACACACAGGGAGACUAGGAUAUUCUCCAUCUCCACCCGGAAAGUCUCUGCAAGUCAUCAUUGGAACACCUGUUACUUGUGCACGGGUUAGUGACUUGUCAUGGAAACUUAGAUCCUGUUAUCUUUUUGAAGAGGUUCUUUCACCUGGUUCCAUCUGUUUUAUGUACAUUCUGGGAAGAGGAUAUAGGGGGCUAUUCCAGGACACUGAUUUGCUGCAAUUUGUUCCUAAUCAAGCCUGUGGUGGGGGUAGUAUGGCCAUUUUAGAUUCACUGGAAACUGAUAUGCCAUUGACAUCCACAACACAGAAGGCUGACAAUGCUGGCAAGCAAAGGAGUUCCAAUGCUGAUCGAAGUGGUAUUGUUUGGGAUUUUGAAAAAUUAAGUAACCUCUCACUACAGCUUUCUGGCAAAAAGCUCAUAUUUUCAUUUGAAGGAACAAGCUCGGAACUUCAACGUGCUUCUGGAACUCUGUCCUUGCUCAAUCUAGUUGAUCCUAUGUCAGCUUCUGCAUCUCCAAUUGGGGGUAUUCCCCGUUUUGGGCGACUGAUUGGUGAUGUCCAUAUGUGUAAACGUUGCGUCAUUGGAGAGACUAUUCGCCCAAUUGGUGGCAUUGCUGUUGUUUUAGCUCUUGUUGAGGCUGCUGAAUCUAGGGACAUGCUGCAUAUGGCUUUGAUGUUACUCGCAUGCACACUUCAUCAGAACCCUCAGAACGCGAGAGAUAUGCAGCAAUUUAGAGGAUACCAUCUGCUUGCUCUUUUCAUGCACAGAAGAAUGUCAUUGUUCGAUAUGCAGUCACUCGAGAUCUUUUUCCAAAUUGCUGCUUGUGAGGCAUCUUUCUCUGAACCCAAAAAAUUGGGGACUACUCAUAAGAUUCUACCAACUACACCAACUAUUAGUGAAGGCGACAUGGAUGACCUUAACUUGUCAAAGUUCAGGGAGGAAUUUUCUUCAGUAGGAUCCCAAGGAGAUGUGGAUGACUUUUCUGCCCAAAAGGAUUCAUUCAGUCAUAUUUCAGAGCUUGAGAAUACUGAUAUGCCAAAUGAAACUUCUAAUUGCAUCGUCCUUUCAAAUGCUGACAUGGUUGAGCAUGUCUUGUUGGACUGGACUGUAUGGGUAACAGCCUCAAUUCCUAUUCAAAUUUCUUUACUGGGCUUUCUUGAAAACUUGGUUUCGAUGCACUGGUACAGGAAUCACAACCUGACAAUUCUCCGUAGAAUUAACCUUGUUCAACACUUGCUCGUGACUUUGCAAAGAGGUGAUGUUGAAGUUCCUGUCCUAGAGAAGUUUGUUGUAUUAUUAGGUGUGAUUUUAGAAGACGGGUUUCUUCCAUCUGAAUUGGAACAAGUGGUUAGAUUUGUGAUUAUGACAUUUGACCCCCCAGACCUUUUUUCGCGCAGUCAAGUCAACCGAGAGUCUAUGGGGAAGCACAUUAUUGUUAGAAACAUGCUGCUUGAGAUGCUUAUUGAUCUACAGGUGACCAUCAAAUCGGAGGAGUUGCUUGAGCAGUGGCACAAAAUUGUUUCCUCAAAAUUAAUAACUUACUUUCUUGAUGAAGCUGUUCAUCCUACUAGUAUGAGAUGGAUAAUGACUCUUCUUGGGGUGUGUCUUGUAUCUUCUCCUACCUUUGCACUUAAAUUUCGGUCAAGUGGAGGAUACCAAGGUUUGGCAAGGGUGCUUCCAAGUUUCUAUGAUUCCCCUGAUAUAUAUUAUAUUCUGUUCUGUCUGAUAUUUGACAAACCAGUAUAUCCAAGGCUCCCUGAAGUUCGCAUGCUGGACUUUCAUGCCCUCAUGCCUGGCGAUGGAAAUUAUGGAGAGCUGAAAUUUACAGAGCUGUUGGAAUCGGUGGUUGCCAUGGCAAGGGCAACUUUUGAUAGGCUGUGUAUGCAGUCAAUGCUAGCCCAUCAAACAGGCAGUCUUUCCCAAAUCAGUGCUGGCAUUGCGGCAGAGCUUGCAGAUGAAUAUACAGAUUGGUCAGGGGAGCUUCAAGGUGAAGCUCUGGUGCACAAAACUUAUGCUGCGCGCUUAAUGGGGGGAGAGGCUUCAGCCCCUGCUGCUGCUACUUCAGUUCUCAGAUUCAUGGUUGAUCUGGCAAAGAUGUGCCCUCCGUUCUCCGCAGUUUCUCGACGAGCUGAGUUUCUUGAAAUCUGUAUUGACUUGUAUUUUUCUUGUGUCAGGGCUGCUCAUGCUGUGAAAAUGGCAAGACAACUCUCUGUUACUGUUGAAGAAAAGGCACUUGAUGAUGCUGAUGAAACUUGUAGCUCCCAGAAUACAUUUUCAAGUGCACCACAUGAACAGGAACAAUCAGCCAAAACCUCCAUAAGUAUGGGAAGCUUUCCCCCGGGACAAGUGAGCUCCAGUUCUGAAGACAUGUCAGCAAUGCCAAACAGUGUUACUGGUGAUAUUGGAGAGGUCGCUAUUUCUUCUUGUCAGAAGGAUUUGAAGAAAGAAGCAAAUGAGGAUGCACAAGUUAGUGCAAUUCUGGAUGGUGAAGUGGUUGACCUUACCUCCAUAACUAGCAGCAAUGAGUUUAACUUCCGCGAUACAAAGAUCUCUCUUGAUCCUAUUGCACAAUCAUAUUCACAGAGUUCUGCAUCCUUUACAAACACCGGAUCUCCUAUGUUUUCUGAGAAGUCUUAUUCUAAGACCCCACUAGCAACUUAUUCAUCACCAGUGGUUGCAUUGACAUCUUGGUUGGGUGGUGCUAACCACAACAAUGAUAAUAAAGGCCCAAUUGCUUCCACCCCAUCUAUGGCGUCUUAUGCAUCCUUUAGCGACAUUGAUUCCUCAGCCGACACAAAGUCGGGUUCUCAAGGACAUUAUUCUACCAAUUCAAUGUUCGCCAUCAGCUCAAAACUGCUCUUGGAAGUGGAUGAUUCAGGCUAUGGUGGUGGUCCAUGCUCUGCAGCAGCAGCUGCUGUUUUAGACUUCAUGGCAGAAGUUUUAUCUGGGUUGUUAACUGAGCAAAUGAAAGCUGUGCCCACCAUUGAGAGCAUCCUUGAGAAUGCUCCAUUAUAUAUUGAUGUUGAAUCUAUUUUAACCUUCCAGGGAUUGGUGCUCAUCAGAUUGAUGAACUUCCUCGAAAGGCGGCUCUUGCGUGAUGAUGAGGAAAAUAAUAAAAAGCUGGAUAAGAGCCGUUGGUCUAUGAAUCUAGAUGCAUUAUGUUGGAUGAUAGCAGACAGAGCAUAUAUGGGUGCUUUCCCUCGUUCUGCUAGCGUUCUGAAAACUCUUGAGUUCUUGUUGUCUAUGCUACAGUUAGCAAACAAAGAUGGCCGUGUUGAAGAAGCUGCGCCAACUGGAAAAGGGUACUUAUCUAUUGGAAGAGGAAACAGGCAACUUGAUGCCUAUAUACUUGCAAUUUUGAAAAAUACAAACCGGAUGAUUGCCUUUUGCUUUCUUCCUACAUUCUUGAUAAACAUAGGAGAAGAUGAACUACUCUCAUGUUCACACUUACAAAUUGAGUCCAAGAACAGAGUUCCUAUGAACUCAUCAUCAGAAGAUAAUGGAGUUGAUAUUUCCACAGUGUUGCAACUGCUAGUUGCAAACAGGCGGAUAAUAUUCUGUCCCAGCAACAAUGACACUGAUAUAAAUUGCUGCCUUUGCAUAAACCUAAUUUAUCUUCUCCACGAUCAUAGGCGCAAUGUACAAACCAUGGCCAUUGAUAUUCUUAAAUAUCUUUUAGUGCACCGCAGGGCUGCACUUGAAGACUUGCUUGCUUCUAAACCAAACCACAGAUCUUCUUAUGACGUUCUUCGUGGUGGUUUUGACAAGCUGUUGACCGGAAACUUGUCUGCAUUUUUUGAGUGGCUUCAUAGUUCUGAGCAAGAAGUUAAUAGAAUUCUGGAACAGUCUGCUGCCCUGAUGUGGGCUCAGUAUAUCACAGGGUCAACAAAGUUCCCUGGAGUGAGGAUUAAAGGCAUAGACAGUCGUCGUAAGAAAGAGAUGGGAAAGAAAUUGAAAGACAACGCAAAAUUAGAUGCUAAGCACUGGGAUCAGAUCAAUGAACGAAGAAUUGCACUUGAAUUAGUUCGUGAUGCAAUGGCUACUGAACUAAGAGUUAUUCGCCAGGAUAAGUAUGGUUGGGUAAUGCAUGCUGAAAGUGAGUGGCAAAGUCACCUGCAACAACUUGUACAUGAGCGAGGAAUAUUCCCAGUGACAAAUUUGUUCUCUGGUGAUGAACCUGAGUGGCAACUUUGCCCCAUUGAAGGUCCAUAUAGGAAGCGCAAGAAGCUUGAGCGCUGCAAACUAAAAAUAGAAACCAUCCAGAAUGUUCUUAAAGGACAAUUUGAGUUGGGGAAGAUAGAAUUGUCCAAGGACAAGACUGAGACUGACCUGAACGCUUCUGAUGUUGAGUCUGAUUACUUCUUCAAUCUUCUGACUGAUAACCCUCAACAGGAUACCUUUGGUAGUGAUGUUUAUGAUGGGUCAGUCUUCAAAGAGACCGACGAGUUCAAGGAUGCAGCUUCCAGUAAAGCUGGGUGGAAUGACACUGAUAGCAGUGUUAAUGAAGCAAGUCUGAGCUCUGCUGCAGAUUUUGGCUUGAAAUCCAGUACUGCUUCCAUUCGAAAAGCUGAGAGUGUACAGGGGAGAUCCGAACUUGGAUCUCCAAGGCAGUCUUCGUCAGUAAAAACUGACGAAGUUAGGUUGUCAGGGGAAAAAAUUGAAAAGGAAUUAAAUGAUAAUGGUGAAUAUUUGAUCAGACCAUACUUGACACCUCUUGAGAAGAUAAGGUACAAAUAUAACUGUGAAAGAGUAGUAGGUCUUGAUAAACAUGAUGGCAUUUUUCUGAUUGGCGAACUAUCACUCUACGUCAUUGAGAACUUUUAUAUUGAUGAAUCUGGGUGUAUAUGUGAAAAACAGAGUGAGGAUGAUCUUUCAGUCAUUGAUCAAGCUCUAGGUGUAAAGAAAGAUUUUUCUUGUGGUAUGGAUUCACAUUCGAAGUCAAGUUCUUCUUGGGCUGUAACAGCUAAGACUUAUGUUGGGGGUAGGGCAUGGGCAUACAAUGGCGGUGCCUGGGGGAAGGAAAAAGUUUGUAGUAAUGGCAAUGUGCCCCAUCCUUGGCGAAUGUGGAAGCUUGAUAAUGUCCAUGAAAUUUUGAAGCGGGAUUACCAACUUCGCCCUGUUGCAGUUGAGAUUUUUAGUAUGGAUGGUUGCAAUGACCUUCUGGUUUUCCACAAAAGGGAAAGAGAGGAAGUUUUCAAAAAUUUAGUUGCCAUGAAUCUUCCACGAACUAGCAUGUUGGACACCACCAUUUCAGGUUCAGUGAAGCAGGAAAGCAAUGAAGGCAGUCGCCUCUUUAAGGUUAUGGCCAAAUCAUUCUCAAAGAGGUGGCAGAAUGGAGAGAUAAGCAAUUUCCAGUACCUCAUGCAUCUGAACACUCUCGCAGGUCGUGGGUACAGUGACAUUACCCAGUAUCCUGUGUUCCCUUGGGUUCUUGCUGAUUAUGAGAGUGAGAGUCUUGACUUGUCAAACCCCAAAACUUUUCGGAGGCUUUCUCAACCAAUUGGUUGUCAAACAGGAGAAGGUGAAGAGGAGUUCAGGAGAAGAUAUGAAAGUUGGGAUGAUCCUGAGGUUCCCAAGUUCCAUUAUGGUUCUCAUUAUUCUAGUGCUGGAAUUGUUCUUUUCUAUCUCAUCCGACUUCCACCUUUUAGUUCCGAGAAUCAAAAGCUUCAGGGUGGACAGUUUGAUCAUGCUGACCGCCUCUUUAACAGUAUAAGAGAUACCUGGUUAAGUGCUGCUGGGAAAGGAAACACAUCAGAUGUUAAGGAACUGAUUCCAGAAUUCUUCUAUUUGCCGGAAUUCCUAGAGAACAGGUUCAAUCUUGAGUUGGGAGAAAAACAAUCAGGGGAAAAGGUAGGUGAUGUUGUUUUACCUCCAUGGGCCAAAGGAAGUGCUAAAGAGUUCAUCAGGAGGCAUCGAGAAGCUCUGGAGUCUGAUUUUGUUUCUGAAAAUUUGCACCACUGGAUUGACCUAAUCUUUGGUUGUAAACAGAGAGGGAAGGCUGCAGAGGAAGCUGUAAACGUUUUCUACCACUACACAUAUGAAGGCAGUGUAGAUAUUGACUCUGUUACGGAUCCUGCAAUGAAGGCUUCAAUUCUUGCCCAAAUCAAUCACUUUGGUCAGACACCAAAGCAACUGUUCCUGAAACCCCAUGUAAAGAGGCGGUCCGACAAAAAGCUUCCUCCACACCCACUGAAACACUCUUUGCAUCUUGUUCCACAUGAGAUCCGCAAGACCGCUUCUUCUAUAUCUCAGAUCGUCACUGUCAAUGACAAAAUCCUUGUGGCCGGCUCGAACACCUUCAUGAAACCCAGAACGUAUUCCAAGUAUGUCUCGUGGGGAUUCCCUGACCGUAGUUUGAGAUUCAUGAGCUAUGAUCAAGACAGGCUUCUCUCUACACAUGAAAACCUCCAUGCAGGCUACCAAAUACAGUGUGUCGGUGCCAGCCUUGACGGACGGCUUCUGGCAACAGGAGGUGAUGAUGGGUUGGUAUGCGUUUGGAGAGUAUGUAAAGACGCGGGACCCCGUUCCCUGAGACGACUCCAGCUAGAGAAGGGACUCUGUGCACACACUGGGAAAAUCACUUGCCUUCAUGUUAGCCAGUCGUACAUGAUGAUAGUGAGCGGGUCGGACGAUUGUACCGUUAUAGUGUGGGAUCUUAGCUCCAUGGUUUUUGUCCGGCAACUUCCAGAAUUCCCCUCCCCCGUUUCUGCAAUUUAUGUGAACGACCUGACUGGGGAAAUCGUGACAGCCGCCGGGACUUUGCUGGCUGUUUGGAGCGUCAAUGGGGACUGCCUUGCUGUGGUCAAUACCUCACAACUUCCAUCCGAUUCUAUCCUCUCCCUCUCUGGUAAUAUGAGUUCUGACUGGCUGGAAACCAACUGGUACGUCUCCGGGCACCAGAGCGGUGCGAUUAAGGUAUGGAAAAUGGUACAUUGCUCGAGUGAGGAGUGUAGUCAGAGUAAACAGAAUGGGAACCCAAUGGCUGGGUUAAAGCUUGAUGGAGAUGAUAAAAAAUCCCAACCCGAGUACAGAUUAUUACUUCACAGGGUGUUAAAGUGCCAUAAGCAUGCUGUUACCGCCCUCCACCUGACUGGUGAUCUGAAACAGCUGUUGAGUGGGGAUUCUAUGGGGCAUCUCCACUCCUGGACACUCCAUGAAGAGAAAUUGAAAUUUGUGGCGAAUCAGGGGUAGUUGCGGAAAUUAGAUGCACAUCUGAUAUUCCAUGGGUGAUUUGGGGAUAAAACAUGCCCUGGUUCUCGUAAUACUAUUUGUUUUACCUUAACUGUGACAAUGGAAAAGGGAAAUGCUCAAAAGUGGAAGGGCUUGGUCUUGGAAGGUGAUCUGAUUAGUGGUUGGGCAGGAUGUAUGUCUGGGGAGGAGAUUAUCAAGCUGUCUCCUGCCAGUUAUUGUGUGUAUAUAUAACAGAAAGGAAGGCGCAUGUACGACUGUGUAUAAUGAGGUUUGUAUAGGCUUUUGCAAAUGUUUCCCAGGAAAAGACACAUGUUUGGGAUUAGUAAUUUGCCAGUCCUUUCAGGGCUUCUAAUUUAUUUUGCUAUUAAGUGACAUGUUCCACUGGUUCUGGGAAGCUCCACCACUUUGAGAAUAUUUUUUGAGUUAAUUGCAGAAUAGCGCCAUUGGUUUGGUAACCUGCACCCUAACAGGUUUGAAAUUUAUUGUCUUUUUUACCAGGAAAGAAUGGGUGCAUUGUUAUUGUAACUCACACAACGGGCCUUAUGCAAAUAUAUGUUUCAUUUUUG